AUGGGGGCAGUCCUAAAAUCUUCACUUAUUCCUGGCACUUUAGUACGUAGUGGAUCUUUAUUCAGAGAACCAUCCCCAACAACAUUUCAUUACUCAAAACGGCAUUCUUCUACUUCAGAUUGUUAUAAUAUAAUGAAUAAUAAUAAAGAUGAUUCUAUUAAUGAACAUGAAUAUUAUUCAAGGAGAGGAUCUUUAAUUUAUACUAAUACUAAAAGAAGACUCUCUCAAAUGUAUUCUAAUUCUACUCAAGGUAUUCAACAAAGCGAUUUAUGUGAAAGAAGUAGUAGUAAAUUAACAUUGGAUGAAGAAUUAUUUGAUAUUUUACAUGCAUUUGGUGAAAGUGACAUUACAACUACUGGUGGAGGUAAUGAUAUUAAAAAAGAAAAGACUGAACAGGUAAAAGAAGAUGGAAAUAAACAACCACCAACACGACAAAAUCUUCUCGAUCUUAUUAGACAAAAAAGGGAAGUAAUAAAUAAAUUAAGAUGCCAACCAUGGGAUAUGAGUAGGAAAAGGAGAACAUUAAGAUUGGCUCGAAAAUAUUUAGAACAAAAUGAAUCAAAAGUAUCUAAGACACAUGCAAUAAAAGAAGAAUUAACAAAAGCAUGGUUUAAAUUUAAAAGAUGGUUUUCAAAUGUUCAUACAUAUUUUAUUCCAUGGGAAAGUAAAAUUAAAAAAAUUGAAUCACAUUUUGGGAGUGUUGUUUCAUCAUAUUUUACAUUUUUAAGAUGGAUUGUUUUUAUGAAUCUUAUAAUAACUGUUAUUGUUGUUGGUUUUGUUGUAAUACCAGAAGUUUUGGCUGAUGCAACUGCAGAUAAUGAUAGAAAAAUGAGGACAGCAUCAAGAAAAUUAGUACCAGAAAAUGAGGUUAAUAUAACAACUAAAUUACAAGUUAUUUGGCAAUUUGAUGGUUACCUUAAAUAUAGUCCAUUAUUUUAUGGUUAUUAUUCUGAUGAUAAAUAUGUUGGAACAAAAGUAAAAUAUGCAUUACCAUUAGCAUAUUUUGUAAUAGUAUUACUUGUUUUUGGUUAUUCAUUUUUUGCCAUCCUUCGAAAAGUAGCUGCAAAUGCCAGAUUAAGUAAAAUGGCUGGUAGUAAAUCGGAACAAUAUAUUUUUAAUUGGAAAGUUUUUACUGGUUGGGAUUAUACUAUUGGUAACAGUGAGACAGCCUCAAAUUCUGUUAUGGCUAUUGUUAUAAAGUUAAGAGAAAGUAUUGCUGAAUCAAAGAUACAACAAAGGCAACAAUUAAGAUGGCUUCAAGUUGUUACAAGAGUCUUUACUAAUUCAAUAAUUUUAGCAAUGUUAGGAGCAAGUAUAUAUAUUAUAUAUUUUGCCGUUCAUUCCAGUUCAACAAAUACCAAUCAACAUGUUCAAGAUGAUAGUGGAAAUUUAUUAUCUAAAAAUCAGGUACCUUCAAUUGUCGCUACAAUAACACAUGUUUUUCCAAUGAUUUUUGAUUUAAUUGGAAAAGUUGAAAAUUUUCAUCCUCGAACAGCAUUAAGAUUUCACUUAGGACGUGUUCUUAUUUUAUAUUUUAUUAAUUAUGCAACUCUUAUUAUUGCUUUAUUUGAUAAAUUAGAUAAUAUUCGUGGAGCAUCAAAUACUGGUGGAAGUCCUAUUUUUGAUGAAAUACCUUUAGAAGGAGAAAUGUUUUUACGAUUACGUCGACAAUUAGGUGGUAUGAAUAAACAAUUAGGAAAAUUUUCAGCUGAAGCUAGUAGAUCAUCACCAAGAAAAAAUUUUACCUGGAAAGCAUUUUUAAAUUAUAUGGAAAAUACAGUUGUUCCUAUUAUUGAUAGUGGUGAAGUUGAAAAUGGUAAAGUAACAAUAAUUAAUGAUACAAAUAAUAAUACAACAGAAGAAACACAAUUAAUAGAUAAAAAUUAUAAAUCACAUCCAAAAAGUUUAAAUAGAAAAAAUGAAAAUAUAACAUUUAUUUUAACUUCUAUUACAACAACAAUUUCACCAAAAGAUGAAUAUAUUGAGGAUGAGUUAAAAAAUUUAACAACAACAGAUAAAGAUAUAUCAAUUGUAUCAGGUUUAAGAGCCCACCAAACAAAUAUAACAGGUGAUAAAUUAAAAUUUAAAAAUAAAAAACCAAUAAAAAUUUUACAAACUAAUCCAUUACCAACAUUAAAAAGUUUAUAUACACCAAAAUUAAAAAAAUUUCCCACAACAACAAAAGCUCCCAGAGCUGGUCAAUGGAAAGGUAGAAAAACAAAAAAUCCAAAAUUUAUAACAUCAACAUUAAAACCAAUAAAAUAUAAUAAAACAAUUAAUGAUAAAAAAAAUGCUAAAUAUAAUACUGCUAUUAUAUUUCGUAAACCAACAAAUGAUAAUUUAAUUCAUAAAGUUAAAGAAAAUUAUAAUUUACCAUCAAUAAAUGGAAGAAAUGAUAGUGGACAAAUAUGUUGGGAAACAAUGAUUGGUCAAGAAAUUGUUCGCCUAGUAACAAUGGAUUUAUAUAUAACAAUUGCUUCAAUAUUUGUUAUAGAUUUUUUACGUGGUCUUUGGGUAAGAUAUUGUUCAACAUGGUGGUUUUGGGAUUUAGAAACAAUAUUUCCUGAGUAUGGUGAAUUUAAAGUUGCUGAAAAUGUUUUACAUAUUAUUAAUAAUCAAGGAAUGAUAUGGCUUGGUUUAUUCUUUGCACCACUUUUACCUGCUAUUAAUAAUAUAAAAUUAAUUAUUUUAUUAUAUAUAAGAGGGUGGACAGUGAUGACAUGUAAUGUUCCUGCCAGUGAAAUAUUUAGAGAUAGUAGAUCUUCAAAUUUUUAUCUUAUGGUACUUUUAAUAUGGUUAUUAUUAUGUACUGUUCCAGUUGGUUUUGUAAUAGCAUCAAAAAGACCAUCAUCAAAUUGUGGUCCAUUUGCUGGUAGUGAUACAUUUUAUAAAGUUGUUACACAUGUAUUAGAAGAAAAAGUUGAUCCAAAAAUAUUAAAAUGGUUAAGAUUUUUAGUAUCACCUGGUGUUAUAAUACCUGUUAUGUUGGUAUUAUUUUUAACAAUAUAUUUUUUGGUAUCAUUAGUAAGAGGAUUACGUGAAGCUAACAGUGACCUUAAACAACAAUUAAUUCAUGAAAGAACAGAGGAGAAGAAAAAAAUUUUUGAAUUAGCUGGUGGUGGUGCUAAAAAGAAAGAAGGUUUCUUUGAUACAUUAAAACAUGGUGGUACAAUAUUUCCUGGUGAUAAUAAUAAUAGAAGUAGAAAAAAAAAUGGAAAAAAAGAGAAACUUAAAAUUCAUGUAUGUGAUUUGGAGGAAAAAAAACGUGAACCAUGGAGAGUAUAUAAUGGUACUAUUAAUGAUGAAUCAUUGAUACCAAGUGAUGAAAGAGAUGAAAUUAAAGAUUUAAAGAAUAUUCUUACACCACCAAGUACAAGAGAAGGAAGUAUUACUAAUAUUAUUAAUCAAGAUAUUUCAAAUAAUAAUUUUAAAGAUGGUAAAAAAUCUGUUAAAGAAAAUGAUGGAGAAUCUCUUGUUAUGAAGGAUAAUUUAAAAAUUAAAAGUAAUAAAGAAAUGGGAAGAUGUGGUCAUAGGUAUUCUGUUGUAAUACCAAUACCACAUAAACAUAAUCAAUUAAGUGAAAGUAUCAAUGAAGAUGACUUCUCUUCAAUUAUUUCUGAUAAUAAUUUAAGUAAGAAAAAUAUUCCUUUAUCUGGUACACCAGAUGAUGUUAAAAGUUUAAUGAAAAAUUUUCAAUCAAAUGAAUAUUUAAAUAAUACAAAUUCUGUUGGUCUUUCAUUAGCCUCAUUUCCAACGGUCCUGUCAAAUUCUAAUUUUUCAACUAAUGAUUUAACUGUUGUAUUUCAAUCAUCCUCAGGAAAACAAAAUCCAUCAAAAACAGCAUCAAUAAAAAUUGGUGGAAGUAUAACAAGUCUCGAUACACCAAAACUUAUUCCAUUAUCAGGAAGAAAAAAUAGUACAAGUUGUAAAAAUUUAGAAAAUUCUAAAGGGUCUGUUUAUACUAAAAAUUUAUAUCAAUAUCCUCCCUGCAUGCCAUUGGAGAUUGAUACACAAAGUGAAUAUGAUAUUUGUGAAAAAUGUUCAUAA